UUCAGUCAGUAACACUUUUAUUGUGAAAGGCUCGACCGGACGUGUGUUGCUUUGUCGCGUGUUGCUUAACUCUCCGCGGUGAGAUGGCUGUGGAGUCUCUGCUGGUUCCUGUGAAGUCGAAACGGGCUCUGUGGACAGACAGCAGAAGGCGAGAAUACCCACCGCAGUCCGCUUCGACCUCCGUUUGUAAAAAUUAAUAACGCCCUGGACAGGUUUGUGUUGUAGCUGUGUGGCUGGGCAGCCUGGCUGCCUCCCUGCCUCCAGAUGAAUGAAGAGCCCUCCGGGACACAGAGACACAGCUGAUACAGGGCAGGCAGGUGUUUCUGCAAAUAUGAUGAAGAAAAAGAAUCCCCAUAAAAAACAUAAGAGCAGUCUGGGUCCAACCACGAAAGUUCUGUCACAGCCACGACGCAACAUCGUCGGCUGCAGGAUCCAACAUGUGUGGAAGGAAGGAGGAGGACACGUGAUCUGGAAAGGAACUGUGCUCGACCAGGUGCCAGUGAACCCGUCUCUCUAUCUGAUAAAAUAUGAUGGUUUUGACUGUGUUUACGGUCUGGAGCUCCAUAAAGACGAGAGGGUUCAGGGGCUGGAGGUGCUCCCUGACAGACUGGCUAAAUCCCGUCUGACAGAUGUCAACCUGGCGGACACCAUGAUUGGUAAAGCGGUGGAGCACAUGUUUGAGACAGAGGAGGGUCCGAAGGAGGAGUGGAGGGGGAUGGUGCUGGCCCGGGCUCCCAUCAUGACCACCUGGUUUUACAUUACGUACGAGAAAGACCCUGUCCUAUAUAUGUACCAGCUGCUGGACGACUACAAAGAGGGAGACCUUCGCAUUAUGCCUGACUCCAAUGACAGCGUCCCGGCAGAGAGGGAGCCUGGCGAAGUGGUGGACAGUCUGGUGGGGAAACAGGUCGAGUACGCCAAAGAGGACGGGGGCAAGCGAACAGGCAUGGUCAUCCACCAGGUGGAGGCCAAGCCCUCCGUCUACUUCAUCAAGUUCGACGAUGACUUCCUCAUUUAUGUCUACGAUCUGGUCAAAACUUCGUAAGAUUUUGCUGACAUCCUGAGCCCCUCCCCCAGGACAGAAACAAAAUGCAACACAUGUUGAAACAUCUGAAGCACUUGUUCCUCAGACCAUCAAAGACAAGAAUCAAGACUUAAAAAAAAGAAAUUCUCACUACAGAGAAACACAGGAUCGAUACUUCUGGAUGAUGGGCUUGUUUUUUGGUCCGCAAAGGUUAAAGAUGGGAAAAAACUGGUUGGUGAAGUUGAAGAACCUCAUAUAUGACCUUCUUUGACCCAACUCUUACAAUAGAAAAAAAUGGCAUUGGUUUUACAAGGUCCAAAACCUUCUGAAGCUCCUGAAUACUUUUCUGAAAACACCCCGAGGGACAGCACAAGUCAACAAAUUCGUCUGAAAUUCUGUUUAACUCUAGAAAAGGAUUUCGAAAGGAUACAACUUUAUGUUGAAGUGAGACAGACAAUCUCACAUUCAGAACAAUGCCCCCUAAAUAUCCUUUCAUGAUUUCUCAAAACCUCCUUAGACCAAACUCUUCAAAGACUCUUCAAAAUUAAUUCACUCUGGUGAUCAGAUACAUAUGCUGGUUUUCAGUGUCUGAUUUCAUCCAGAGUGCUUGUUGCAGAGAAAAGUUUUGGUCUUGGUGAUUUGUGGGAUACAGCAAUGCUAAUUAGAGAUUACCAACAACCCCUCUAUGCUAAAAAACAAGGAAACAAUAUGAGGAAAUCUGGUCAUUGUACUCCUAGAAAACUUAAUUGAUUUCCAUAGAUGGAUUUCUGGAUUAGCUGGCAGUGUUGAAACAUGGGAAAACUGAAAGUUUGCCAAAAGAUUUCUUGUCAUAUUUUCUAUGUCAACUAAGUCAGACAAAAGAUCUGCACACUGCACUGAUAGCUGCCAGCAAAUUUAAUGCUACGUCAACCAACCCUUCUGGCCACAGAAAAAUGGACAGACUCCCAGCAAAGAGGUGUAGUUUGGAGCUAGUUGGUGGAAGGGGCUCCAAUUGAAAUCUGUGAGUCAAAAAAGAUGAUUAUUAGAAACAGAAUUUUCAGACCGUAAAAACAAACAAUUGCAAUCACAAUGGAAAAUGAGCUUGUGUUUCCAGGACUUUUAAAGACAGGAACAAACAACACAGCACAGUGUUCUUGAUGAUCUCUUUAAUCCUUCUUAUCUUUCACAUACAGUACGGACUGGCCUCACCUUGAUGGAAGCCCAUUUUUGCCACUAAAAGAAAGAAUGGAUAGUUAGGAAUGAUUAAAAACAAAAAUACUUAUUUCUGGCACAGUUCCGGCACACAGCACUAAGUCAUUAUGGUUAGAUACCAAGUCCAAAAUAAUUUUACUCAUUAUCUCAUAAUUUUGACUUAGAUGUCAUAAUUAUGAUUUAGCAAGUCAAAGUUUGUACUAAAUUUUAAUGCACUAUCUUGUCAUUUUGACAUCAUAUUUUAUAAUUUUGACAAUAAAUCUCAUCAUUUUGUCUUUGUAAGUAACUUCGUAUUGUGAUUUUGACUUAAAGGACCAGCUGUGGCAUCUAGUGUUGAGGUUGCUGAUUGCAAUCAAUUGAAUACCCCUCCCUUCACCCUCCCCUUCCAAGUGUGUAGGAGAACCUACGGUGGCCAUGAAACUUCCAAAAAACUAGAACCAGUGUUUG